ACCAAAACAUCAAGCCACGUUAUAAGCAAAUCGCAGACGACGUGGCAAACAACAGAAAAAUAUGCGUGCCGUAUGCGUGGCAUUUUAGUCUUCAAGAAGGUCCCAACAGUUUAACAAUUGGUCACCCCCAAAAGUUCAUUGUCAGAAGGACCAAGCCAAGCCAACAUUACUUUUACGGGUUUUCAUUGUGACUCGUCUUAUUGAUUUUUAUUGGAUAUUUCGACAAACCGCAAUCGUGUUUUGAACCGAUUGCACUUGUUGAACAUGCCGAAACGCAGAUUACGAACCAGUACUAAUUUACCCAUGAAUUCAAGUUGUUUUCUGUGCAACAUAGAAAUUCCAGGAGAUUCAAAAGAUCUCUUUGAGCACUUCCGUUCAGUUCACUUUAUAACAACCGAGCCAGCUAAAGACACUUCAAAUUUUGAGCACAGUGACAGUCAAUCCGAACAUUGUCCUGAUUUAGAAGAAUUAUCGUUUCAUGACAUAGCAAUGGAAUGUGGUGAGCUACCUCUUGAUGCAGAUGUAACAAAAUGGACUUCAGAAGAUGUUGCAAGGAAGCUAAAAAUGGAAUCCUUUGAUCAAUCAGUUAUUGAUACCUUUAAAGAUGAAGAUAUCGAUGGAAAUAGCCUUUUGACGCUUACAAGGGAGGACCUUAAUGAGCUCAAACUGAAACUAGGCCACAAGAAAAAGGUGGAACGAUUGAUUCAGACUCUCCAAAACCCACCGCCUAAAAAAACAGCAGAGCCUACAGUUUCAACCGCUAAUGUGCAGCCAAGCCAUCAGCCAUCAAUGAUGAAUGUGGCAUCAAUGGAAACAUUUCCAAUUAUAGUGCAACCCUCAGUAUUCUCGCCAAAUGUUCCAGUAUCAUCUCCAAAUUUUCCAGUAUGUUCUGCGAGUUUUUCAGUCUCUUCACCAACAAACUACCCACUAUCUUCAGAAAGUGUUUCGAUACUGUCCUCUGAAAAUAUUUCAGUAUUAUCUCCAGAAAAUGUUUCAGUAUUAUCUUCAGCAAGUGUUUCAGUAUUACCUUCAACAAGUGUCUCAAUAUUACCUUCGACAAGUGCGUCAGUAUUACCGACAACAAGUGUUAUGGUAUCUUCACCGAUAAGUGUCCCGAUGUCAUCGUCAAAUGUUUCAGUAUCGUCCGCAAGUGCCAUUCCCGUGCAAACUGCAAUUCCAAUAGUUCAACUUCAGCCUUCUGUAACUCACAAAGUUCUCAUGCAACAACUUCCCAACAUAGACAGCUCCAGCUCUCCGCGAAGAUCUGAAAGGUGCUGCACUUUCAACGUUAAAGAAAUGAUCCUUGCGUCGAGUAAAGGGAGAGCCGUUUACGAGGACUAUUUAGCCCGUGAAAAAACCUUUCUAACCGUCCCUGAGCGCAGGACUAUAGUCUUUGUAGUGGUAGAGGCCAUGGUCAACGAGAUUGGACUUUACCCUACGACGCAGGAAAAGGAUCUGUUGGCCGCUGCGAUUAUUCAAGCUUUCCCUUGCCUAGGCAUUAGAGACGGGAACAAUCUCAUCCACAGUCACUACUACCAUGCCAAAUCUGGCGGCUUCAUAGAGACACUGUUGAAGACGAUGCGCAAAAAGCAACCUGAAUGUCGGAAAAGGAAAAUGAGUCUGAAGCAGAAAAUUCACCGGAGAAUUCCUCGAGGAUAUAUCGAAGAUUGCGGGCCAGAACUGGAAGAAGAAGAAAUUCAGAUGCACGAAUUUAUGGUUCGUUUGCUGAAAAGUUUGAUACCGACUGCAUCCAACGCCGAACAGAUCAACGAUGCCAUGGAAUCGACAUUUCCCUUCCGUCAGUAUCAAAUGAAGAGAAAUCUCAAGACUCCAAGCCUCAUCCUGGCGGAAUAUCCGCGCAUGGUGGACUUUAACAACGGUCUAUUGAUUUUCGACGAUUUCAAGAGAAAAUAUCCUUCGGCCAAUGAUAUUGAGCAGAAUUUCAUUCACACGUAUGGUGAUCGACUUAUUUUUCUAGCCGAGAAAGAACUGGAUGCUCUCCCAGUUUGCAAUAAUGACUUUCUCCGUUUGCUGCUGAUAUGCAUCUUCAUCAUGCCAGAAAUUAAAAAAAUUCGCAAGAAUUCUGUCGAUGAAAAAGUUCAACAACUCGUGAUGUUCGUAUCGGAAAACCGAAACCUACAAGAAUUCGUGGCCUUACGCCCAACGGAUCAAACCAAUUCGACUCCGCAUCCGUAUCUCGUCGGUGUCGGAACGAUGACGGAGCCAGUGUACUUCAACUUGGUCAUCGAUGGCAACAUCAUUCCGUGCGGCAGCGAUUCCCUUACAGCUUUCAAGAAUCUCUUUGCGUCCUACUUUGUUUUCCAGUUGCAUUAUCCGGUUCUCAUCAAGCCGCUCUUCAAAUUUUUCGAGGAAAGAGUUUUCCGAUUAACUCCCACCAUGACUGCCACCACGGCCGACUUUGUGGCACGAUUGGAGACUAUUCCCAGAUGAAAUUUUAUCCCAUUUUCAAAUCAAAAGCCACAAAACUCCAUACCUCGACUGGAUUGUUGACGAAUUCGAACAUGUUCGUGCCUGUAUUCUUCUAAUAGUGCCAUAUCUAUUUCGGUUUUUGGUGAUUUUUAACGACGCAUAUUUUUUUUUUUAAUUCUUCCUUUUUUUUAUCUCAUUUUCAUUUACAGCCAAGAAUAAACUUAGGUUUAUGUGAUUA